AUGAGGAUCAGGAGGAGGCCGCAGCAGCCCUCCCCCUACACCGCCGCCCUGCUGCACCACCAGCAGCAGUACCGCUCAGAUCCGUCCACAUCCACGCACCAGACCCCGCGGAAUGCGGAGGAGCGCGGCCAGGGACGCGGGGGCGACGAGGAGGAGGAGGAGGGGCGGGCCAGGCCGCCGCAUCCGCAUGCCAAUGCGGAUCUCGGCCGCAAGCCCGCCGCCGCCAGGCGCCUGGCAUUGCCGCAGGACAAUGCAGUCGAGGGCCAGGGCGCGGCGGCGGAGCAUGAUGAUGCUUUUUUUUGCACCUGCAGCAGCAAUGGCCAUGGCGGCGUCGCCGGCUGGAAGCCGGACGUGGCAUGCACGGGCGCCGGCGAGCGGGCGGUGAAGGUGGAAGAUCCGGUCGCGAAUGGCGUGGCGGCGUUGUCGGACGUCAAGGAGGAGAAGAAUGGCAGCGGCGGCGCGGCUGGCGGGGCCAAGAAGCGGCGCGGCCCGGCGGUGCUGAUGGAGGGGUCGCGGUGCAGCCGCGUGAACGGGCGCGGAUGGCGCUGCAGCCAGCCGACGCUGGUCGGCUACUCCCUCUGCGAGCACCACCUGGGCAAGGGCCGGAUGCGCAGUGCGGCGGCGGCCGCCGCAGCCGGCGUCGGUGGCGGCGGGCGCGGAGGCCCCGGCCAGCUCGGCCGCACCGAGCACCGGGCCAGGAUGCCCGUCGGUGUCGCGGUGACCACCGCGGCGGCCAAGGCGGAGGAGCCGGGCCUGCGGCCCUACUAG